CAAGAACUAUAUGAAUUUUCUAUGGAUUUAAAUUUACUGGAUGUUAGUGGAGAAGUCUGCAAGGAGCCAACUAUAGACAUUGCUCAGAUUACUGAGAGCAUGCAGCAAUAUGAGCCAUUAAAGCUGAUCAAAGAGGACAUGGAACUAUCCGAAAACAUAAUCAGAAAUCUGGAAACUUUAAAUUUGACCGACACGAAAUCUUUGUCGCAGUCGGAGAUCAUCGAGCGGGAACUUUCUAGCGUGUUCGACGACAUAGACGACCAAUUGAUGACGAAACCAGUUUUGAAGUACAACGCCCGCAAAACGAGAGAAAGUAUUUUUGACAAUCCGGAAAGGUUUAAGGAUAUUUUAAGUAAGAACGCGAAAAAUCCUGUUGAGCCCAAUAUAUUCCAUAAAAUUGUCGAAUCUUUGACCAAAAGCGGACCUCCAGAAACGACCACGCAAAAUAAUUUGUUAGAUAAAGGUAUUUACAGUUCAUACCAAAAACUUUAG